UCGUCAAGUGCGAGUCUCCUACUGUUUCGUAUUUUUCAGUGAGUGAGUCAAACCGGAAGUUCACUCCAUUUGUAAAGAAAACUAGCGAAUAUUUCGAUAGGGUUAAAGAUGUCUCAGCUAUCAGAGGACCAGCUUUCAGAAGUUCAGGAAACAUUUAACCUCUUUGACCAGAGAGGAGAUGGCAAAAUUGCUGCGUGUCAGUUAGGAGAUGUUCUUCGAGCACUAGGACAAAACCCAACAGAGAUUGAAGUGAAGAAAUGUGGCUAUGCAAAUAACCCAGAUGCCAGAAUCUCGUUUGAAGUCUUUAUUCCGAUACUGCAAACCAUCAGCAAGAACAGGGACCAUGCAACAUUUGAUGAUUUUGUAGAAGGACUUAAAAUGUUUGACAAAGAUCAGAAUGGCUUCAUCACAUCUGCAGAGCUGCGACAUAUCCUCACAUCUCUAGGAGACAGGCUAUCAGAUGAGGAUGUAGACCAAUUAUUUCAAGGCAUGGAGGAUUCUCAGGGCAAUGUCAAUUAUGAAGGUAUGGAAAGAUCAAUACACAUUUAUGCAAAACAAAUGGUAACUGAUGAUAUAGGCACUAAGUAUGUCAUUCAAUAUGUAGAAGGCAGCCUGGUGGAUAGGUUGCAACUUUUCAUCAAACUUGGAAAUUUUGCCAAUACAUGUUGUGAAUUAUGUAAUGGGUAAUUAGGAUUUCCUGUAGGUCCCAGUUAACCAAUCUUUUUUGCUGUAUGUCUGUUCAUCUAUCAUUAAAAAAAAAUACAAGUCUGCAUAUAAAUGUACACAAUCUGUAACAAAUGUCGGAUCCAAAGAGAUUUUGGAGUGCCAUUGCUCACACUAUAUACCUGUAUUUCAUAAGCUCAUUAAGGUCAUUGGAAAGCUAAAACACCCAGGGUUAGACCAUGGAGUUUUGUUUUUUUUAGUUCACCUGAGCCAAAGUUCUGAUCAAAAUUUGUCCAUUGGCGUUGGUGUAAACUUUUCACAUUUUCAACUUCUUCUCCAGAACCACUGGACCAAUUUCAACCAAACUUGGCAGAACGCAUCCAUGGAUGAAGGGCUUUCAAGUUUGUUCUAAUGAAGGGCCAUGCCCCCUUCAAGGGGGAGAUAAUCAGAAAAAUCCAAAAAUAGGGUGGGGUCAUUUAAAAAUCUUCUCAAGAACCACUGGGCCAGAAGAGCUGAAAUUUACAUGGAAGUUUACUGACAUAGUACAGAUUCAAGUUUUUAUAAAUCAUGACCCCUGGAGGUAGGAUGGGGCCACAAUAGAGGAUCAAAGUUUUACAUACAAAUAUAUAGAAAAAAAACAAACUUUAAAAAUCUUCUUCUCAAGAACCAUUGGGCCAAAGAAGUUUACAUUUGCAUGAAAGCUUCCCGACAUUGUGCAGGUUCAAGUUUGUUAAAAUCAUGGCCCCUGGGGGUAGGAUGGGGCCACAAUAGGGGAUAAAUUUUUUACAUACAAAUAUAUAGGGAGAAAAUCUUUAAAAAUCUUCUUAAGAACCACUGAGCUUGGAAAGUACAAAUUUACAUGAAAGCUUCCUGACAUAGUGCAGAUUCAAGUUUGUUAAAUCAUGGACCCCAGGGGUAGGAUGGGGCCACAAUAGGGGAUCAAAGUUUUACAUACUAAUAUAUAUAGAGAAAAUCUUCUCAAGAACCAUUGGGCCAAAAAAGUUUACAUUUACAUGAAAUCUUCCUGACAUAAGGCAGAUUAAAGUUUGUAAAAAUCAUGGCCCCUGGGGGUAGGUUGGGGCCACAAUAGGGAUCAAAGUUUUACAUGCGAAUAUGUAUGGAAAAUCUUUAGAUAUGGGCCAAGGUGACUCAGGUGAGCGAUGUGGCCCUUGGGCCUCUUGUUUUUGAGGUAUGGUUUAUCCUGUUGACUGUCAUUUGACACCUUAUGACUCAGAUCAAGAAUGUUUAAGCAAGUGCAUCCUUGCUGAGAUAAUUGAUGAACUAUGAACAAAUUUUAAGACAGUUUUAUCAAGUAAUAAUAGCUUUUUGUCAUGGAAAAAGACUCUUAAAGAAGAAACUAUGUGGUGCAAGAUAAUUCUCUCUUUUAGUAGCAGGCCUGCUCCAUAGAAAAAAAUGUAGCCUAGCCCAUGUAUUUAAUAUGAAGUGUAUAGUAAAUUCAGCUUAUUUUGAUCAUUAAGUGAUGCAAACAAAAAUUCUUUCAAUACACAUUUAUGAAAAUAAAUGAUAAAAUAAUUUCUAUUGAAACUUGUACUUUUCUGUUUUAUAGAAUUCAUCAAAAUGGUUAUGAAUGGUUGAAGAGGAAUUAACACAGCAGUUCAAAAGCUACACAAUUUAUAAUCACUAAUAUUCCAAUCAUCAUAUGAUAAUUGUAUAUUCUUAGCUUUUGUGAUGAAACCUUUUUUUUUUCUUUUUUCUUUUUUUUUUUUGGAAAGAAACUUGUUUUGAUGAGAAAGUGAAGUCAAUUUAAGUGCAGACAUUACUUCCAAUAUUUAAGGACCAAAGUUUGUAUUUUUAAAAAGUGUUAUCCUAUACAUGUGUAUGUACAAUGUUUAUUGUUAAUGCAUUGUAUGCAAUUUGUAAUAAAUAUUUAAGAAGUGCUUCAUUUACA